AUGUCCAAGGAUCUCAAGCAUACUACUGUAGUCGAUGAUGACUCUGAUAUUGAUGAUUUAUUAGAUGAUGUCCUGGACGAUAUGAGUCAUUUAUCCGUUGCUGAAAAGAAGCCUGUUGUUGCAGAGGUCAAGAAAACAACCACCACUGUUACUAGUGCUGAUGAUGAGGAUCCUGCAGAGCCCAAUUUGGAUGAAUUACUUGGCAGCGAUGAUUUUGCAAAGCAAUUGGCUGCAGGUAUGGAACAAUUGAUGGGUCAAAUGGGCGGUGAGUCCAAUGAUGAGAUGAAGGAGGCUUUCGAGAAGGUGUGGGCUUCGUUUGACAAUGGUUCUGCUGCUGAUACAGCUUCCAGCAAUAAAUCAGCUACUGCCACUGUUGCUGCUGCUUCGCCAUCACCAAGCACACGAGAAGUUCCCAAGGUCCCUCAAUCUUUCCAGGACACAAUUGGCAAGACGAUGAAUAAGCUCAAGGAUAGCUCAAAGGAGAUCGAUUCAUCCAUUGCCGAGGAAUCAGAAGAUGCUUUCAUGGCUGAACUGAUGAAGCAAAUGGAAUCUUUGGCUGAUAAUGGAGAAUUUGAAGGCGUAUUGGAAGGGAUGAUGAGCCAAUUGAUGUCCAAGGAGCUGCUCUAUGAACCCAUGAAGGAUUUGGCUCAAAAAUACCCAGCCUGGUUGGAAGAACACAAGGAUACUGCCGACAAGGCAGACUAUGAGAAAUACAAGCAACAACAUGUUAUCUGUCAACAAAUCGUAGCCAAAUACGAGGCACCUAAUUUUGACGAAAAGAACGAAGCACAGGGCAAAGAAAUUAUGGAUUUGAUGACCAAGAUGCAAGAUUUGGGCCAACCACCAGCUGAAUUAUUGGAUGAAAUGGCACCUGGUAUGAAUUUUGGUAAUCCUGAGGGUAUGCCCGAUAUGAAGGAUUUAGAGAAUUGUAAUAUUAUGUAA